AUGGGGAAGAAAGUUAUUGCUAAAAGAGAACCGCGUGAGAAAAUACAUAAACUUUCAGGAUAUCCUAGACCAUCAACUCGUUCUCAAGACACCACUUUUACUCCCUCACCUUCUCCUCCUACCUCUCCUCCUCGCACUACUCCCAUGGCGCGGACCAAGACUACGCCAAGGUACCCUGCCCCUGCCAAGCCGACACCACCACCGAAGGCCACAACUUCCAAGCCAGGCUCCUCAAAACCUGGUUCUGCGAAGCCUAGCUCCUCCAAGGGCAAACAUCUGGCGCCUGAGGAACCUGUUCCUGAACCAACUCAACCCAAAUCCAGGUCGGUUUCAGUGCACUCACAAAGAGGUAACCCUCAUCGCCCUCUCAAAUCUGUUAGAGAACCAGACACUGAUCCUUUUGCUCACAAAUCACACUUCAUGACAUCUCACUCAAACUAUAACCCUCAUCGUUUCAAAUCAGCCAUGAACCACGAUUUUUAUGAUGGAGUUAUUAAGUAUCGUACUCUGUGUCCCUCUUUUCUUGUGGAUUUACCUAGCUUGAAAAAGAAAGGUUUCCCUUUUUGUUGA